AUGUCUCCUGUUCCAGAGUGUCCCGUGCUGGACUUCCGCUCGCCGCCGGGCCCGCCGCAGAAGCUGCCGUUUGUCUUCCUGCCGCUGCGCGGGCAGAUCGUCCAUCCCAGCGCCGACAUCGCCCUGCCCGAUCCGGAACUGUGCCCUGUGGUGGGCUGGCGGUCGCUGGGACUUCGCGGGUGGAGCGACGCCGCAACCGCCGGGGACGCCUUCAGCCUCUUCACGGUCGACGGCAGCGUCUUCCUACAGUGGCUGGGCCCCGCCUCUCUCCGGAGGGAGCUGGAGGGCCGACUGGUGGUGGUUUCGCUGAGCUGCGGCCGCUGCGUCGCCCUCAGGGUCGCGGGUUCUGUCGCAGAACCCGGCGACAGCUCCGCGGCCGAAGCGCACUUCCCGCCGUCUGCAGUCGCCUCCGGUUCGACAGUUCUGGGUGCGGAUCUAGCAGACGCCGGACCGCUGGAGGCGGAGGAAGACGCCGGGGGCGGUGGGGGCGAGGCGAGCGGCGGCUCGACGUACCUGCUGGUGGGGGCGGUGGGCGGGGCGCUGGCGGCGGCCUACGUGGUGGCCGUGCUGCUCUACCUGGCCAGGCACCGGCGGCGCAGCGCCGACCGUCAGAGGCAGAAGGACGCUGAAGCCGCGGCGGCGGCGGGGGCGGCGGAGGCGGCGUCCAAGGCGGCCGCAGCGGCGGCAACCAAAGCGGCGAGGCGGCCCACGCUGCUGCGCAGGCACCACUCCUUCUCGCUCGACUCGGAGGACACCGACUACAGCGGGGGCGGCUGCUCCGACUACGACGAGCGCUACCCAGAUUUCAAGCAGGUGGAGGCGGCGCUGCUGGAACCUGCCGGCUGCCUGCUGGUGUCCGGCGCCAGUAGCGGUGCCAGCGAGUGCCUGCCGGAGGAGGCGCUGCAGAUCGUCGAGACGGCAGACCUUGCGCUGAUCGGAUCCGGCGGAGGCGGCGGGGGCGGUGGAGACGCGCGGCAGCCUCCCGUGGGGGCGGAGAUGCAGGGCCGUGGGCCGCCGGCCGCCUCGCCACCGCUGGCGGCGCUGGAGUUCCUGUCGAAGCUGCGGGAGGUGGUGUCGCUGUCCAAGAGCCGGCUGGCGGCGCGGCGGUUCGCGCCCUGCCUCAUGCCCAUCGCCGAGGGCGAGGACGAGGGGCCGGCGGCCGCAGUGCCCGCGCUGCUCGCAGUGGAGACGUCUGACAGCGAAGCCCGCCGGCUAAUGAACGAGGUGCUGCGCGAGCUGCGGCAGGCGGCCGCCGUAGCGGCGGACCGCGCCACACCCAGCCCCACGGCCACGCUGCCGCUGGACGAGGAGAUGACCGCCGCCAACGAUGUGCUCCGGCAGGCUGCUCCACAUCAGGCCGGAACCGCGUACAAUCUUAUCAGCGAGGUGUACGUCAACGGCAGCGCAGAUCAGGGCUCCGAGCGCGACCAGCAGACUGCUGCGGACCCCGCAGUCACCUACCAGGGCCAGCCAGGACACCUCACCAUACAGGUGGAGGACAACCCCGCAGACUACGAGUACAACCCGGACGACUACAGCAGCUUCGAGCCCGACACGCUGGACCGCAAGGCGGGGUCUCAGCACCACAAGGAGGGGGGCGUGGCCCGCGAGCAGCCGCAGCCCGGUCAGGACGCCACGCUGACGUCACUGCGGUCGCAGGAUUCCGUGGAGAGGCCCGGGCACAUCCUGCUGAGGACCUCCGGCAGCUUCCGCAACGACUCCAUCACUAGGUCGGCCGCAGCGUCGACGGUGCCGGCGCCGGCAGCAGCGCCGUUCACGCGCGCCUACGGCAGCCUUCGCGAGAUCUUCGAGGCGCGGACGCGCGGCCGCGAGCGCAGGGUGGCGCAGGCGCAGCAGUCCCCGUGCCCGCACCUGCAGCCGGAGGUGGAGGCCGAGUCUCUGCCGCCGCCGCUGCCGCCCAAGACGAGCGCCCCCAUCUACCAGGCGCCCUGCUGGCCCGCCAGGCCGGUGCUGCCCAGGAGCCGCAGCCUCACCGACGACAGGGGUUGCGGACCAGGCAGGACGACGUGGGCCCGGCGUGCCGCAUCGCCCUCUCCCAGCUCCGACAGCCUCGACAGUGGAGGAGCAGACGCCGACGCCGACUACGAGGAGUGCGAUGUCAGCCGCAGUGCCCACCAGCGCCUGCUUGGAUCAUGGAGCCCAGCGACACCACAGGAGAGUCACAGUUCAAGCCCUGGCCUCGGUGGCAGUGUGAGUGCUGGCUGUGGCAGCCUCAGUGACAGUGAGGCGGACGGUUCACUGUGUGAUGGAGGCUCUGAGUCUGGUGGAGAGAGCGUUGCCACCGACUCGGUUUUCUUUGGCAGUUUCCGGAAGGUAGCUACAUGUGUGGCCACAGUGCCUGACGACCGGCUGAGGGAGGCGCUGUCUGGGCUGGCAGCUGGCAAGCGGCACCGCAGCUGAUGGAGGAGGAGGAACCCACCACUUCGUAAACUGUGCAUAAUACAUUGAAGAUUGAACAGUCCAAACAAAACUUUUCUGUUCAACUAGAAAACUAGAUUUUACAUAACAAAUGGACUUGAAAGUAAAGCAUCAUAUCUCCAUUGGGUGGUCGUCCCAGGUCAGGUUCACACACAUAUCGAAUGGAAGCACUUUCCUUUGUUUUCCAUUGCAGCUUCUUUCCAUAGCAGCUCUGUUCAGCCAGGGUGUUGAGUGAUAAUGACAAUGAUGAUAAUAAUGUUGAGUUUACAGUGUUCAACUGUAUUGUUAUCAGUGUCCUUGCAGAAUAUGAACUAAAAUUUUAGUUAAGACAAAAAAAGUAUUUCCUAGUAAGCCAUCUCCUUGGGACAAUGAUCCAGGCACACAUAUUAGACUUUAAAAAACUAUCUGCCAAUGACAUCACAUGCCUAUUAAUGAAAAUCUUGAACGGAGAUGUGCAUGUCUACAUGCACAUUCACACCAAUUUCUCAUGCUUUAAUAAGCUAUAAUAUAGUCACAUCCAAUGGAUGUGUAUUAAACUUACUUAAUUGUAGACAUGUGAAAGGUGUUCAUGGUCACACCUGUUAACUGCAGAACAGAUUCUCAGACAUUUUUUCAUGACUAUGUUAUGAACAUGGUACCUUUUAUCUCCCAUUAUUUUUGUGCUAGUUCCCAAUUGGUUGGUCAAAUUAGAUGUAAGAUAAAUGCUGUAAUCAGAAAUGAAAAUACAUCCAUAAGAACUAUUCUCCAGUCAGUUCAUGCUGGUUCACACUAUGCCACUAAUUUAGUCUAAAGGGAAGUGAACAUAGCUUCCUUACUGAACAAUGAACAGCAAAAGGCUAAGUUUAGUUGUUUAACAACUGGUGACUGCUGUGGAAGUGUGAAUUGCAAAAUGAUCUGAUGAAGAAGAAUGAAUCAAGCAAUAAACAUUUCAGAAAUCCCACAGAGGAAGAAGAGAAUAAAAAUUACAAUAGCAUAAGACUAUAAUGGCUGAAUGAUUUGUACAUACAACCUCAAAUACGUCACCACUGAAAAUGCAAAGGAAUACUUUUCCUCACAGACAAUGUCAGUGAGUGAGGUGAAACAA